AUGGCUCUCUGGAGAUCCACCCGCCACGCCUCCAAGUUCGCCCAGGCGACACGGCCCAUUUUCUCUCGUAAUUAUGCCACUGAGCCCGAUCUGAAGACUACCCUGAAAGACGUCAUCCCCACGAAGCGAGAGCUUCUCCAGAAGGUCAAGGCCCAGAGUGACGAGUCAAUCGGAGAUGUCAAGGUCGGCAAUGUCAUCGGUGGUAUGCGUGGUCUCAAGGCCAUGUUAUGGGAAGGCUCUGUCCUGGACCCCGACGAGGGAAUCCGCUUCCACGGCAAGACUAUCAAGGACUGCCAGAAGGAGUUGCCCAAGGGUACCUCGGGCACUGAGAUGCUCCCUGAGGCCAUGUUUUGGCUGCUGUUAACCGGUCAGGUACCCUCGACUGGUCAGGUUCGCGCCUUUUCGCGAGAGCUGGCUGAAAAGUCCGAGCUGCCCCAGCACAUUCUUGACCUGAUCAAGUCUUUCCCAUCUAACAUGCACCCUAUGACCCAAUUGUCAAUUGCUGUGGCCGCUUUGAACACCGAGUCCAAGUUUGCCAAGGCCUACGAGAAGGGUAUCAAUAAGGCCGAGUACUGGGAGCCCACAUUUGAUGACAGCAUCUCCUUGCUGGCCAAGAUUCCCCGAGUGGCUGCCCUCGUCUUCCGCCCGAACGAAAUUGACGCGGUCGGCAGGCAAAAGCUUGACGCCGCUCAGGAUUGGUCAUACAACUUCGCAGAGCUGUUGGGCAAGGGUGGCUCACAGAACGAGGACUUCCAUGACCUCCUGCGUCUGUACUUGGCCCUGCAUGGUGACCACGAGGGUGGUAACGUGUCUGCCCACGCUACUCACCUCGUUGGAAGUGCUCUCAGCGACCCCUUCCUUAGCUACAGCGCUGGACUUUUGGGUCUUGCCGGCCCUCUUCACGGUCUAGCUGCCCAGGAGGUCCUCCGCUGGGUCAUGGCCAUGCAGGAGAAGAUCGGUACCAAGUUCAGCGACGAAGAUGUUCGCACCUACCUCUGGGACACCCUCAAGUCCGGCCGUGUGGUUCCUGGCUAUGGUCACGGUGUCCUGCGCAAGCCCGAUCCUCGUUUCGAGGCUUUGAUGGACUUUGCUGCCACCCGCCCUGAUGUUUUGGCCAACCCGGUAUUCCAGCUAGUCAAGAAGAACUCGGAGAUUGCUCCAGGUGUGCUUACUGAGCACGGAAAGACCAAGAACCCUCACCCUAACGUUGAUGCCGCCAGUGGUGUUCUCUUCUACCACUAUGGCUUCCAGCAGCCUUUGUACUACACCGUUACCUUCGGUGUCAGCCGUGCCCUUGGUCCCCUUGUCCAGCUGAUCUGGGAUCGCGCCCUGGGCAUGCCCAUUGAGCGCCCCAAGAGCAUCAACCUCCUGGGUCUGCUCAAGAAAUAA